UUAGUUUUAAAAAAUAAUCACAAGUCACAGCAUCAACGUGGUAUUCAUUUAAUUUUUUUAAUAAAAAAUGACACGUUUUUUUCUAAUUGCAUUUGCAAUUACAUUUGCUAUCAACUACACUCAGGCUGCACCAUUAUCAGAAGAAAAAGAGGAACCUCUAGUAAAUCCAUAUAAAGAUGUCGUCUGUGAUCGGAUGAAUGACUUAUUUACAAGAACACCUAUUAUCAAUAAACAAGUUGUAGAAAUACUUGAUAAAGCACUAACAGACCUACAAGAAGUUGAUAAUAUUACCCUUCGAUUAAGAAAUUUAAAUGAAAUUUAUAAUGAAACAAGUGAUAAAUUGCUUUUUGAAUGUAAUGAAAUCAGAAAAAUAAUUCAAAAUAAAAAAGAUACAUUUUUACAAGAGGUAAAAAAAAAUCAACAAGAUUUACAAAAUGCUAUGGAAGUUUUUAAAGCUAAAACCAAAAAAUUAGAAACGUACGAGUCUAAUUUAACACUUGAUCAGAUAUUUGCUGUUCGAAUGUAUAGUCUUGAAAAUUGCCUAGAAGUCCAGAUGUUUAUUCCUAUUAUAGAUAAUAUUUUUGCUGCCUAUCAACAUAUUGACCUUGAGACAUUUAAUAAAGACCUACAAAAUUUUGUGAGUAGAUCAAAACAAAUUACAGCUGAGGGAAGAAAACUUGAAGACUUAAUUGAUGAUGAUGAUGAGUAAGGCUCUUCAUCGAAAAAAAAUUAAGAUAACCCACAAGAACCUUUACAAUUGUAACAUUAAAUUUUUUAUGUAAGAAAUAAAUAAAAAUAUAUACUCAAUUUUACAAUA